GACUUGCAUGUACAAGCAGAAGUUUUCGUUCACAAGUUUUUAAGUGUUUGCAUAAUCUAGACGUGUUUAGUGAGUGAAGAAAGUUGCAUCAUGUCGUGCCCAUUUUUAAGUCGUUUUAGUGCAAAUUAUGUUCGCAAUUAUUCGGAGUUUUUGGUACAAACGUAUGGCGUGUAUUGUCCUGUUUUGAGCAAACAGUUCCAUACCGUCAAUGAAAGCAAUAAAUUGCAAUUGGUAGUUGCUGGUGGUGCAGAGCCAAGGACGAGCACCACUCCCACUCAACGCUCUUACUCCUCUGCUCUUCACCCGAAUGAAUCGUUGGCAAAACCAACAUCGAAUUGCGUAAAAGAUUUUGGCAAACUAAAUGCAGCUGAAGUGACUGACAAAUUCGCCUAUGAAACAUUUUUCCACGAUCAAAUUAUGAAGAAAAAGCAAGAUUAUUCGUAUCGUAUUUUCCGUAAAGUAAAUCGUCUAGCGGGACCUGGACUUUUUCCUCAUGCCUUGGAAUAUUCAAAAGAUGAGAUGCCCAUAACUGUGUGGUGCUCAAAUGAUUAUCUUGGUGUGUCAGCACAUCCAAAAGUAAAAGAAGCAUCCAUUAAGGCUAUAGAGUGUCAUGGAACUGGUGCCGGCGGGACACGUAACAUAUCGGGCAAUUCUCUUCACCAUGAAACGCUCGAAAAGCGUUUGGCUCAACUUCAUCAGAAAAGUGGAGCACUUGUAUUUACAUCUUGUUUUGUUGCAAACGAUUCCACACUAUUUACGUUGGCAAAACUAUUACCUGGAUGUCAUAUAUUUUCUGAUGCAGGCAAUCAUGCUUCUAUGAUACAAGGCAUACGAAAUAGUGGUGUGCCGAAACAUAUAUUUCGUCAUAACGAUGUAAACCACCUGAGAUCACUGCUGCAACAGGUGGAUCGGAAUGUACCGAAAAUCGUCGCUUUCGAAACGGUACAUUCAAUGACGGGCGCCAUUUGUCCGCUAGAGAAAUUGUGUGAAGUUGCGCAUGAGUAUGGCGCUUUGACUUUUAUUGAUGAGGUGCACGCAGUUGGUUUAUAUGGUCAUAAUGGUGCAGGUAUUGGUGAGAGAGAUGGAUUGUUGCCCAAAAUGGAUAUAAUAUCUGGUACUUUGGGCAAAGCUUUUGGAAAUAUCGGUGGCUAUAUAGCGAGUAGUGCAAAUUUGAUUGAUAUGAUACGUUCAUAUGCGGCAGGAUUUAUAUUUACCACAUCUUUGCCACCGGCUGUAGUCUGUGGAGCUUAUGCUGCGAUCGAACUUUUGGCAUCGGACGAAGGACGUGCGUUACGUGGGAAGCAUCAGUCUAAUGUGAAUUAUUUGAGAAGCUUACUAAAACGUGAAGGUUUUCCAGUUGAAGAAACGAAAAGUCAUAUUAUACCUAUUCGUAUUGGAAAUCCUUUAAAAACCACUCAGAUAUCGGACAUUCUGCUCCAUGAAUACGGUCAUUAUAUGCAGGCCAUUAAUUAUCCAACCGUUGCUCGUGGUGAAGAAAAAUUACGCUUAGCACCGACUCCAUUCCAUACGGUCGAAAUGAUGCAACAACUGGUGUCUGAUAUGAAGCGCGCAUGGAAAUCAUUGAAACUGCCUAUGGCUGUACCCUCAUGUCCUGAGGGAUGUUUGUUCUGCAGCAAUGAGCUAGGAAACGUCUCGAAUAUGUUAAUUCCGCCGUCUGUAAAUGGCGAUUUGCAAUGCAAAAUUCCAAACUGCCCCAGAGUUGUUGCUGCGACGGCUUAAUGCAUUUUAUUUACAUACAUACAUAAAAUAUAAAAAUAUACUAAAAUUUACAAAUUUACGGUUUUGGCCGUGGAACUUUAAAAGGAUAUAACAUACAUAUUACACGGUAUGUGGUUACUGAAUUGCUAAUAAAUUGUUACUUCAGGCACAAAAUAAAGGUUUUCUCAUAAAUAAAUAUA